CGGCAUGCAAUUCAAAAAGAGGUAUCUCCAAUAAGAAAAACUCCCGUGGAGCUUACAUGCUUGGUCGACACGGGUCUGCUUGCAUUCGAUGGUAACAUUAUGCACCUGGGUUGGUGCAGCAUAAUCGUUGGGCGACGAAAGUGAACUUUUGUCUAGCCCUGAUCGAUCCAAGGGUAAAUAUCGUUGAUGGUUGGCAUUGAAGGUGGAGUUCAGUUAAUCGUCGUGCCCGUCUCCAUGUUAACGGUCGCAAUUGGUCGUCUCCUCUUUUAUAAGGUAGCACUUUCGAGUAACAGAGUCUGAGUAGUUAUAAUCAUGAUUUCGGGGCUUCGUAUCGCAUGUCGGUCCCACGGGGCUGGUGGGCUGAUUGUAUAGCCACAAGCAUUGUUUGUCCCUUAAUCGUGCAUCGGCUUCCGGAGCCGUGGAAAGUAGAAAAGAAAGAAGACAAUGACGGCGAGCAAGACAACCAAGGUGGGCAAAAACAUGAAUGUAAAGAGGAAGACACUCAGCCCGAAGGCAGCAUUCUGGCCCGGAAAGAAUCGACGAGCCAUUAGGUCGAGAGUGGCGGCGAGCAUGGAUACGGGGGAUUUUGGUCAACAGAUGAUAAGCGCUAAUUAUUGUUCCACAAGUUGGUGGUCUAGCGAUAGUGGCAAGCAGGGAUGUAGAGAAGAUCGACGGCGAGGAGGAGAAAUAAAUCGCUGAUGGUUGGAGGUAGCCAAGUGUUUGGUGGGGAGAGUGAAGCAGAAGUGAUGCGAUCGCGGGUUGAUGGUGUGGUGUCGAUCCAACAAGACGGUGAUAGUUAAGCAUUUAUAGACAUCAACUCAAGGUCUCAAGGUUGCCCGGGAGGCCCAGCCGGCGCAGGAAGAAAAAGCUUUGCUGGAUGAUUUGCAGUUGCAGGGUCCGAUAACGAUCAUGGAUUGGAAAUGAAUAUGCCUGUUGAACCACCCAGAGGUCCAAAUUGGAUGAUGAGUGAGGGAUC